GUCGCCGAGAGCUUCAAGUCCCAGGGAAUCGGUCUUGGGCCGUGUACCGGUGGUGCAUUUGAGUGCAGCUUUUGUGUCGGCGGGCAGUGUGUCGGGACUGGCGGUAUGGCCUUUGACCACCUGGGGGCACUGACGACAUUGCUCAAGGGGCCGCAAAGUUGCGUGACGGGCGAGUGCUCCGUAUGCUUCGGAGUGAAACCUGGCGAUGCUCUCUCGUUCAUUUUGAGCUUUGGGGUGUCCGUGGCGACCUGCAACAAUAAGGCGGCCUUCUUCACAAGCUUUCACAUUUGGGCCUCGGUCACCUUGUGCAUUGGUGGCGUGCUUGGGAAGAUUGCCUCGGCCAUUGGCUGGAGUGCAUGUACCGGAAUAGCGAUGGUGGCGUACUACCCGUUCAUCAACAAAUUGACAAUCACCCUAAGCCUUCCGAUCUUCAUCCCACCUCCGUUGGGCGUUGCGGCACCUUUGGAGGUGAACUUGAAUCUCGGGGACCUCACCCCAGCUGUCUACAAACAUUGCGGCAAGCAGGGCCACGGAGAGUACAACUGCCUUCAGAGUAUGUACAACGCACGGGGACCGACGGGUGUGGCCAUUGGGGUGGAUGUCUUGUUGGGCGUGUCAGUGCCAGUGCUGGGACAGGUCGGCAAAUGGGUUCGUAUCCUUGGCUUCGAGAUGGCAGAGAAGGACAACUCUCGCGAGUUGGCGAUGAACAAGGCCGGGGUCACCAUCGAGUACAUUGGGAAGAACCCUGGUGGUGGAGAGUACUGUGGCAAGACCUUCUCCAACGUGAACUGUUGGAAGAAGGCUGGGGACAAAGGGUACCGAGCCAACGCACAUGACCAGCACGGAGAUCGCUUCAACGUCUACCGGAAUCCCAAUGAUAAAAACGACCCCAGAGCCUUGUGCGUGAGGCGCGUUGAUAAGUGGAAUGGCGGAUGGGGCAUGGAGCUGGAGUUAGCGUGCAAGGUGAACAACGAUGAGGGGGGAGGAGGUGGGAUUUUGGUCCCACUGGGUAUGACCCAUCAUGACAAGAAGUGUGUCUUGCCACCUGAGCCUGUUCAUUGCCCUUGGUGGGCAGGCAACAAAGGCCACCGCCUUGGCUUUGAUGGGCAAGAUGACGGUUUCAAGAUCACCGAGGAGGGUGGCCGUAUUUGUGGACACUUGGAGCACCGCCGGCGCCGGCGCCGCCGUCACGACCGGCGCCGUCGCAACUCAAAUGGCUGGGACAUGAACCUUGUGCUUGAGUGCGACUCGAAGGGCCACAACGUCAAUUACGUUGUCCAAGACAUCAACUUCGGCAAGUCCCAUAACAAUAUGAAAUGCGUGCUGCCUAGUCACCGUGUGGAGUGCGAGUCGGAUGCGGGCAAUGGUCACAAGCGCGCAAACGAUCACAGGAACGGCGACACCUUCCACAUCUGGAAUUCUCAUACCAACCACCUGUGCGUGAAGCGGAAUCUGUUUGUCCAGAGAUCCAGCACAACCAAGGAUUCAGGGGGCGGCUGGGGCAUGGACUUGAGAGUUCAGUGCAAGCAAUACGAAAAGCUCUGGUCCAAGACCAAGGUGACAAUCGGCUCCAGCCACCACAAUGAGAAGCUUACCAUUGAACAGCACGACGUUCAAGAAAACAUGCUGUUUCUGAAGGAAUUAGGCCUUCGCUGCGACAAUCUAGCAGGCAACCGGGAGUACCGGACCAUGAACGCGGACAAGGAGGACAGCUUUCACAUCGAGCAGCGGGACGGGAAAGUGUGCGCUCGCCGUACGGAUGGUGGCAGGCGCCGACGUCAUCGAAAGGGCUGGGGAAUGAACUUGGAGAUCGACUGCAAGGUCUUGCAGGGGCCUUGGGAUACAGUCCCCAUCGGCGGGUGCUCGACACCAUCCCACUACAGGUGCUUCCUGCCCGAGCACCGGGUUGUUUGCGACGAGACUGUCAAUUGGUAUCAUCCUUUCGUGAUUUGGGAGGAUCACAUCCAACGCAUCUGCGCGAGGCGAUUGGAUGGAUAUCAUGGAUGGACCGGCAAUCUGCAGUUAGAAUGCCAGAAGCAGGAAAAGCGCUGGGAGAGGGUGCAGAUCAACUUUGGCACCAGCCAGGGCCAACAGAAGUGCAUCGAUCAUCCCGAGCACCGGAAGAUUCAAUGUGACUACUUGGCGGGAAAUCCCGAAUACCGCCUUUUGGAGCAGCAUCACGGCGACACUUUCAACAUUGAACAUAAAAACAACCAGAUCUGCGCAACGCGUACAGACGCUGGUGCCGGCUGGAACUUGAACCUGCAGAUGAUCCAUUGCAAGAAGUACACCUUCCACAUUCGGGAGAUGCAUAAAGUCGUUGCAGAAGCUUUGGAGAAAAAGGCGACUAAGCUCGGGAACGCAGCCUGGCUUUGA